GCAGUGAAGAUCUCAAACAAGUCAAUCCCCUCACAGCAGCUGUCCCCAAAAAAACAGAGAUGGCUGCUUAUUCUGCAGUCCUUUCCACACACUUCCACUCUUCUCCCACCUUUUCCUUCCCAUUUUCUCGCUCCCCAAGCAGAAAGCUCGUUUCCUUUCCCUCCAAAUCCAUCUCUUCCACUCCCCACCCCAACCUCCCUACCCUCUCCCUCCUCCGCCACCACAACGACAGUUCUCUUACCCAAAUCAGUAACAACCCCCUAUGCGCCAAAAACCCCUUUUCCUCGGCUCUAGACUCGGUCCUCAUUCUCUGUGCUUCGCUGGCCUUGUCGUUGUCCCUCUUUGUUGCCGAUGUGGACUCGGCCUCGGCCUUCGUCGUCACCGCCCCGAGGAAGUUGCAGUCCGAUGAGCUCGCUACGGUUCGUCUUUUCCAGGAGAACACGCCCUCCGUUGUUUACAUCACCAAUCUAGCUGUCAGGCAGGAUGCGUUUACGUUGGACGUGUUGGAGGUUCCGCAGGGUUCUGGGUCGGGCUUCGUUUGGGAUAAACAGGGUCACGUUGUCACCAAUUAUCAUGUGAUUCGCGGCGCUUCUGAUCUCAGGGUUACUCUUGCUGACCAGACAACUUAUGAUGCAAAAGUUGUUGGGUUUGACCAAGAUAAGGAUGUUGCAGUGUUGCGUGUUGAUGCACCCAAAGACAAACUCAGACCUAUGGCUGUUGGUAUCUCCGCAGACCUGCUUGUUGGUCAAAAAGUUUAUGCUAUUGGGAACCCUUUUGGACUUGAUCAUACUCUUACAACUGGUGUUAUCAGUGGGCUUCGCAGAGAAAUCAGUUCUGCUGCUACUGGCCGACCCAUUCAGGAUGUUAUACAGACCGAUGCUGCCAUUAAUCCUGGUAAUAGUGGAGGGCCACUAUUAGAUAGUGCAGGAAACCUUAUCGGGAUAAAUACAGCUAUAUAUUCUCCGUCUGGUGCGUCCUCUGGUGUUGGAUUUUCGAUCCCUGUUGACACUGUAGGUGGCAUUGUUGACCAGUUAGUGAGAUUUGGGAAGGUCACAAGACCAAUUUUAGGGAUUAAGUUUGCUCCUGAUCAGUCUGUAGAGCAAUUAGGGGUAAGUGGGGUGCUUGUCUUAGAUGCUCCUGCUAAUGGUCCAGCUGGUAAAGCGGGCCUGCUACCAACUAAACGUGAUGCCUAUGGUAGGCUCAUUUUGGGUGACAUCAUAACAUCUGUGAAUGGUAAAAAGGUCACCAAUGGCAGUGAUUUGUACAGAAUUCUUGACCAAUGUAAAGUGGGUGAUACGGUGACUGUGGAGGUGUUGCGCGGCGAUCACAAGGAGAAGAUUGCUGUAAUGCUUGAACCGAAGGCUGAUGAGUCAUGAUAUACCUAGUGGCCCGGCAUGUAUAUUUUAGGUAUAUAUAUAUAUAUUUAAGCACAGUAGAUAUACCUUGUUUUUGUGUAUGAAUUGUUUCAUGCGAAGGGCUCCUAUUGUACAUAUGUAUUUCAAUUGCUGCACUACCUCUGAUAACAAAUAUAUUUUUUUAGGGACAGUUUUCCUCCAAAUUGGGUUUGAGAAAUUUUCUUCGACUUAAUCUAUAAAAGUGACAUGUGAGAUGCACAUGAGUUUUUAAUAAAAUUUAUUUCAACUUUGUCCUUACUAUUAAAAAAACAUGUGCAUCUCACAUAUUCAUGGAAUACAUGUCACUUUUAUAGAUUAGGUUGAAGGAAAUUCCUCCAACCCAGUUUGAAAGAAAACUUUGUCCUUUUUUGAGGUGAAAAUGUGUAACAGUAAUCUCCUUUUUAAUGGUACCAAUGGAAAGUGAAGAACUUUGGCCCGUUUUA